UCUGGGCAUAGUUUACUUUUUGUGAGCUCUCUUCCCCGUUCUUGGGGGUCUUUCUUUCUUUCUUUGCGCUUUAAGUUAAAUGGGUCGGAAGUUCUUGAGAAGAGAACAUGGAUAAAGCAAAAUUUCCUACUGUGACCCUGGCAAGUGGGCAGCACAUCCCCAUUCUGGGCUUGGGGAUGUCACAUCACGGAGGAUAUUCCCAUAAUGCACUACUCUAUGGUCUAAGAAACUGUGGCAUCCGCCACAUUGACACAGCCAAGAGAUAUGGCAAUGAAGCGUUUGUUGGAAAAGCUAUUGCUGAAAGUGGUGUGAAUAGAGAGGAGCUCUGGAUUACCACCAAACUAUGGCCAGGAGACUAUGGGUAUCAAAAUACAAUACAAGCAUGUCUAGGCUCAUGUGAAAGGCUUGGACUAGAAUAUUUAGAUCUUUAUUUAAUGCACUGGCCUGAUGCCCAUGUACCAGGUAAGACUGCACGAGAGAUCCGAGCAGAGACUUGGCAGGCAAUGGAGGAUCUGUACAGACGAGGAAUCUGCCGUUCUAUUGGGGUUAGCAAUUUUCUUAUCCACCACUUGGAGCAGCUGAAGGAAGACUGCAGCCUGGUUCCCCAUCUUAACCAGGUGGAAUUCCACCCAUUUCAGAGGCCUCACAAGCUGCUGGAUUACUGCAGGAGAAAUAAUAUUGUUUUGGGGGGUUAUUGUCCUUUAGCUAAGGGGCAAGCUCUUACCCAUCCUGUGGUGUUGCAACUCGCAAACCGAUAUGAAAGGACUCCAGCUCAAAUUUGUAUUCGCUGGAGCAUCCAGAACGGUGUCGUUACAAUUCCAAAGUCAACGAAAGAAGACAGAAUCCGGGAAAAUUGCGAGGUAUUUGACUUCCACUUGGAACAGAAAGACAUGGAAUGUAUAUCUUCUCUGCAUAGUAACCGAAAACUUAUCCAUCUGACAUAUCCUUUGUGGAGAGGGUGAAUGAAGACACAACUGGAAAACUUGUUCAGAAUGGAUACUUUCACUGGAAAACAGUUCAAUGGUGCACUUUACUGCAAGGCUACUGGACAGCACAAAAGUUAAAGUGACACGUGGACCCUUGAGAACCUGUUGCUUUAUCAAUCAUGCAUUUCUUCACUGGUAGAUUUAUUAAUUGAAUUGGGAAUUGUGGAAGGUUGACAAACAAGGUUAUUUAGUAAAGUGAGAAUUGUUGAGACUUCAAAGUGAAAUGGAAAAAUUAAAAGUCAACUAUGCUCUGAGUGUGGCUACUUUGGCCUCAAUUUUGAAAUUUACCUUACAUUUCCUAAAAGUCUCCCUUUAGUAAAUAACCCUGAAACUUAAAGCCAAAAUAGCUGAGCAAGAAAAAUAACAAAGUUGAGUUUUAUUUCCAGUUUAGCUAAUUUUACUCAAAGGGACACUCCAUGGUUAAAACGCAUACUCUGUUUUAAUCUUUGAAGUGUUCCUUUGCUCUCUUGGUGUGCUCAGCCCUGUCCAGAGUAGACGGUCCUACGUCCCUUUUUGGUGAAAAUUAGUGCAAAAACAGCGAUUGUUGCAAAUGCGCCGAUCACCCAGUAGAAAAUUGACUAUUGCUACCCUAUGGAAGUUGCUACAUUUUGCUUAAACAAUCAUUCAAGUGCAUUGAACCAAGGAGCUUCAUUGCAGUCAGCUUGAUAUCUAUGGGGUGUUCCCAAAUUUCCCUUAAUCUAUUCAUAAAAGUGCCAAUUUCUCCUGAAUCACCACAAGCAAGCUGAAGUACUUUAGGGAUUUGGAGUGUCCCUAAAAAAUUACUAAGCAAUAUCAGUAAGUAACAUAAUAUGUCAGUAAUAUGUCCUUUAUUGCAAUGCAAUGACAGGGAAAGUGUUACUUCCCAUGAUUGGUAAUAUUAUGUUUAUUUUUUAAAUUUAAAGGGACACUAUAGUCACCCAGACCACUUUAUCUCAUCUGAAAUGGCCUGGGUGCAGAGUCCCUCUCUCCUUAACCCUGCAAUGUAAAACCUAGACUGGACUGAACUAGAUUGUGAAAUAAUUUUUCUAAAUAUAUAAUAUACAUUUAAAAGUGAACUACAAACAUCACAUUGAAAUAAAAGUUAAUACAAGUUAUUGUGAUUUUCACUGUUUCAUUCAAUUGUGUAAUUUCCAGAGAAAUGCCAGUUCCCCUUUACGUUGUGUAGAUUGGUGUUGAUUUUGUUCUUUCCAAUCUCUGUCCCCACAACUGCACCUCAUUUAUUAUACUUGUGCCUUGUAAGUUGAUAAUGGAGACAUUUGUGUGGAAUGUAAAAUGUAACGAUUUAGGACAAAUUAUGUUUACAAGUCAUACUGUUUGAUAUUUGGCUUUGUCUCUUAUUUAGCUGUUCUGUAAGAAAACAUCCUAUUUUUUUGAUGUGUUGACACUUAAAGAGUUUCAUGUCACUUUGUUUUUCUGUUUCCUGCAAAGAAAUCCUUGCACGCAACACAUAAGACGAUGGCCUUCAAUUCAUAUAAUUUAGGGGUUUUAUUUUCUAAACUACGCUUAAGAAAGAUUUAAGAAGGAAGUUCAAGUUAAAAUAAUAAAAGUGAGGCUAUUUUCAAACUGGGCUCUAUUGGCCUAUGCAAAUCACUCUA